AUGAAGAGAGGUGCUUUGGAUACAUUCUUCAAACCAGUGGCACCGAAAAAGCCGAAAUAUGAAGCCAGCACACAGCAGUCAUCACACGCAAGCUACCCCUUCGCUGUCUCUUAUCUUCCAGAGGCGUUUGCAGAGCAACUACAAUUCGCCCCUGCAGAGGAAGGGAGGGUUAUGAAUCAAGAGAGGGAUCUGGACAUGGUAUACUACCAGCCAUAUAUACCACGAUCCAUUGCAGAUGGCAUGUUCGAAUUUUUAAGACAGGAGUUGUUUUUUUACAGAGUGCAAUACACCAUCAAAAGAGGAGGAGCUCCUACAGCCAUCAACACGCCACGGUUCACGACGGUCUUUGGGGUGGAUGCUACGAGUCGCUUCACGGAAGACGGUGGUUUGGUGGAUGCGAAGACAGGGAAAGGAAUAGAGAAGGGGAGGUACAAGUGCACACCUCGUCCAAUUCCCCAAUGCCUUGGGUUACUGAAAGAUCUGACCGAGGGCGCAACGGGGUGUGAGUUCAACUUUUGUCUGGUCAAUUACUAUGCCGACGGGAAGGACAGUAUAUCGUAUCAUUCCGAUGACGAGCGGUUCUUGGGGGAAUUGCCAGCGAUUGCGUCAUUCACGUUGGGAGCAAAGCGCGACUUUUUGAUGAAGCACAAGCCAAUACCACCGUCAACGACGGGAGAAUCAGUGGUAGAACCGAAGCAAAUCAAACUGACCCUGGGAAGCGGAGACAUGGUGCUGAUGAAGGGGGAAACGCAGCGAAAUUGGCUCCACAGCGUGCCCAAGAGAGCUGGGGAGCAAGGCGGAAGAAUCAAUAUCACAUACAGACAAGCAUUAGUUAGAGGAGGAACGGACAACUAUUACACAUAUAAUGUAGGGACGGGAGGAGCAUUCCAGUGGAAUGCGCGUGAAAAAUUGAUGAGGGCCUGGUCGGCAGAUGAGGAUGCAUCUGAAGGAGUGACCCCGCCGAAGCAGGACAAAUGA